AUGGCGAAUCAGUACAGUUUCGAAAACCUAGAGCAGCAAUACGAGCUCAACGAUUACAGAUAUGGAGAUGCUGUCGUCGCCGACCUUCGGGGCUAUACGGGUUCCAUUCAGUACGGCGACCCACAUGCUCAGGGCAUCCAGGCCAACGCGCUGGCGGUGCCCUUCUGGCAGACGUCUCCUCCACCUACUGAUCAAGAACAAGACAUCUCACCCGAAGAUGCUGCGUUCAUCAGACAUAACUUCGACUUCGAAAGGGCACAAGCUGCUGGUCUGUUAGCAGGCUCGCCUCCAGUGCCACCUGUACCAGCACUUCCAAUCUAUCCUCCCGCUUCACACCUGGGUCAAGGGAUACCGAACAUUGAACAAUGGAGCCGCAACAUCGAAGCGGGACCGACACACCCAUUCCAAGCUCGGAGGCCUCAACCCUUACGCCGGGAAUCGCAAGAGUUCUACGCUGAGCCUGAGGCCGGAAACAGGAUUCGUCUGGUGUUCGAAACAAGCGAAAACGUUGUUCUGUCUGCCCCGACUGGAUCAGGAAAGACCGUCGUCUUCGAACUGGCACUGAUCCGUAUGCUCACCAGAGAGGCCGAAAGCGCCCGAGCCGUCUACCUGGCUCCGACUAAGGCCUUGUGCGCCGAGAGGACACGCGACUGGUCUGCACGCUUCGGUCCCGUCGGCUGCAGCGUCACUGAGCUCACUGGAGAUUCCGUGCAUGGUCUUCACGUAGCUCGCAAGAGCCGACUUAUCGUCACAACGCCCGAAAAGUGGGAUAGCCUGACUCGUAAAUGGGACGAGCAGUCGGGCAUCCUUUCCACUAUCCGACUCGUCUUGAUCGACGAGGUGCACAUCCUGAACGAAGCUCAACGUGGUGCUCGUCUCGAGGUCGUCGUGACCAGAAUCAAGAAUAGGGGCCACCACGUACGAUUCGUGGCUGUUUCGGCAACAGUUCCCAACCUCGCAGAUGUGGCAGCUUGGAUCGGAUCGAACAAGCACAUGCGGCCAGCAGCCGCGGCGGUGCCGCUGAAAGACAGCCCGCCAGCGGAGAUGUUUCAAUUCGGCGAAGCGUAUCGACCUUGUCAGCUCGAGAAGCACGUAUACAGCUAUCCGAAGGCCAAGGAUGAAUUUGCUUUCCAGGCAUACCUCAACCAUAAGCUGCUCGAGCUCAUUGAGACACACGCCGCAGGUCGACCGUGUUUGAUCUUUUGCGCCACCCGACGUUCCACUGUGCAAGCAGCAAACACCAUUGUCGAGGCAUGCAAGAAAGCCAGAGAAAAUGGAGGGCGCGCUCCAUCCUUGGCCGGCGGAGGCCACCGAAGCCUCGAGGCAACGACGUUUGACGACGAAGACUUGCAGAAGCUCGCUUCAUCUGGUGUAGCCUUUCACCAUGCCGGCUUGUCUGCCGGCGAUCGACGAACCGUCGAGCGAGCUUUUCUCAGUGACAAAAUAGCGGUCUUGUGCUGCACAACGACCCUUGCAACGGGUAUCAAUCUGCCUGCCUACUGCGUCAUCAUUCGAGGUACUAAGCAGUACGAUGGACAUUGGUGCGAGAUGUCUGAGCUCGAUCUCAUUCAAAUGAUGGGCCGUGCCGGAAGACCUCAAUUCGACCGCAGCGGCGUAGCUGUGAUCAUGUGCGAAGACACCGUCCAGGCUCACUACCGCGAGCUUGUGAGCGGCAGCCGGGACAUCGAAUCCAGCCUGGCACCCGAUUUGGUCGAGCAUGUCAACGCCGAGGUCGGCCUGCGUGGCAGAACGACGGAGGCGCAGAUCAAGGAUUGGAUCCGACAAAGCUUCAUGUGGACUCGACUGCAGAAGAAUCCGACCUACUACCUCAGCAAAGAUGAAGGCAUCGGUCUCGACAGCGUCGAAGAGAUCCUGCAACAUCUCUGCACCAAGACGCUCGUUGCUCUUCAAGUGGCGUCGCUGAUCUCAUGCCCCGAAGACUCUGCGGAGAUCAUCUCCACUGAGUACGGCGAUAUCAUGUCGCGCUUCUUCCUACGCUACAAAACCAUGCUGGCAAUCAUGUCGAUGCCAGACAGCUCCAACACAAAGGCCGUACUCGAAGCCGUGGCGGAAGCGGAAGAGUUUGGUGAACAAAGGAUGAGACAGGGAGAAAAGGGCAUCCUCGCUUCCCUACGAACGCACAUAGAGAUCCGCUUCCCUCCGCGUCAAGUGGCCAGGGUAGCAGACAAGGUCUCGCUACUGAUACAGGCCCAUCUUGCUGCGAUCAACUUGUCCCAGCUGACAAAGUCGGCCGGAGGCGAUGUCAAUCCCACCGGUGACAUCAGGCGAAUCAUUCCCCACGCCACUCGAAUCGUGAAAGCUGCGGUUGAUGUAGCUAUCUACCGUCGAGACGGCACAGCAUGCAAAGCGUCACUCGAUCUGGCAAGAUCUAUCGCUGCAGGUGCGUGGGACGGCUCGCCGGCGAUGCUCCGACAAAUCGAUCAGAUCGGCGAACGUUCGGUGAAGGCACUGGCCAACGCAGGCAUUACGACUUGGCAAAGCUUAGCCAGCACGACUCCGGCAAGGGUGGAGAUGAUCCUUGGUCGCAACCCACCGUUCGGCAGCAAGGUGAUCAAUGCUGCUCGCUCUGUGCCGCGCAUCGGUCUCGAGGUCAUGCAACGCUCAUCGGCACCUUUGACCUCGACAAGAUCUCUCGUCGUUCCUGGAGGGGAUGGACAAAGCUCUAGCGACUGUGUUCAACCAUCGCCUGUCGGUAUGAAGAUUGUUCUUGAUGUCACGGUGCGAGUGGAGAAUCGAGCGACAUGCAUGCUCAAAAGCAAGGUCUCGAAGAUGGCUCUGAGUGUAUGCAUUCUCACACUCACAUCCGAUAGCGGCUAUGUCGACUUCCGUCGUAUGCCCAUCUGGAGAUUCGACAGGGAGAAGCAUUUCACCCUGCAUGUGCAGCUCGAGGAUCCGCUCAUGCGCAUCUUGACGUUUGCAGCAUGCGAUGAGAUUGCUGGCACCAUGAUGCAGGCCAGUCUGAUCCCUGUCGACAUGGCCAGCGGUUCCCACAGGACCCGUAUUGCACGCGUUGAACACCGCGAAGGUGGCAUGGGUGACUUUGACGCUGCUCCUAGCAUGCAUGGGGACGACCCUUCAACAAAGCAACAUCUUCAUGGCAAUGCGGACACUUUGCUGAUGCGAGAAACGAACAACGACAGUGCUAGUCCGAAGAGGUGCAAGCAUAAGUGCAAAAGCGAUUGCAGACAUGUCUGCUGUCAACGCGCGAGGGAGCAGGAAGCAUCUGACAAGCCGAGAGAGUACCGCUUCCAGAGCCGGGUUCUGGGCAACGAUAUGCAGAGCUUGGGGGCUUACAGGAAUGAAUCAUUCGCGAUGCCGACAAGCGCAUCGUCGUUGAUCUCGCAGAAGCGAAAAGCGAGCGAGACCAUCAUCGAGGACUAUGACGGGCCGCAGGAUCUUCUGAGUCAAUUAGAUCGACUAACCGCAGCGGAAGAAAGAACGGCCGGUACGAUAAUGCCGCUUCAGGUGCCAGAACACAGUGGGGGUGGCUUCAUGGGAGGCGAACGUGCGAGCAAAGAUGCGAGCGCUACAGAAUCGCGCGGACGCAUUCGAGCGCUGGAUGAUGAGCUUGGCCGCGACGCUUCUUACAGCCAACAUUUGACACAAGAAGCGACUCGCACAUCCUUGCUCGGCGGCCAUCAAUGGCCACAAGCCUCGGGUACAAGAUCUGCGCUUGCCGACAAGCCUCACGAGCGUCCUCAACCAUGUCCGACAGUGACGAAUGAGAGACCUCCUCAGAGACGCUUCCUGAAAUCUCUAGACCCUCCUUCCUGGCGUACCGACUCUGAUGUACCUAAUUGA